UCGGCUUGCCAUACUAGACCACCAGGACCUCUCCGAGGACACACCUAUCCACACAACGUUGUAUUUCAACUCUGAUUUCGAUUAAAUACAAAUAAACAACGGAUCUACUACAUGGAUGAAAUUAUGCAGAGUUUUUGGAUUCUUCUUGUGGCUGCUAUUUGUGCAGAGUCAGUCUCUGCAGUACACACAUCUCGGUGGCAUUUAUUUCACGGCCGUCAGCUCACUCUGGACCUUCCUGAAAGGACAGAGAAGUUGGAAUUUACUUCUGCCGAUGAGACAGAGCAUUCAGUUAUCUGGGAAAAAAAACUGUUUACUCUCUGGUAUAAAGCCACUAAAGGUCAAGUGUACAGCGCCAAUGAUGGCUGGACCUACACAAUCAAACACGUUACAUUUGAUGAUGAAGGAACCUACACCCUGCGCAAUUAUUGGAGUUCAGUUAUAUCCAGCUAUACACUGAAGGUCGACACCAAAAGAGAAAUCAUUAAUCGUGUUGUAGGUGAAACUCUCACUAUACCUUUGGAAGGAAUCAAGCAAAGUGAUGCCAGUCUUUGCUUUUACAGCAACUAUUCAAAAAUCACCUUGGUGGAGAGCGGAGUACCUGUGGGCAAGAACGACCCAGACUACGCCAACCGUCUUAAAAUAGGCAGCGAAAAAAUCCAGGUGCUCAAUGUCAAUGUGUCAGAUUUGGGCAGGUACGAACUCACCGAUCACAAAGGCAGAGUCGUCUCAAACACAACGAUGCUACUAGUUGAUCACCACGAGUUCACUCCUUCUAAAGGUCUUUUAGCUCUGCUGCUGCUUGGGCUUCCUACUGGAAUCUGCUUUUGCUGCAGGAAGAGAAUCUGCAAGGGUAAAUGUGGGAACAGUAAAACACCUAAUUCAACAGGGCAGUCAAACAGCCUUAGCCCCAUACCUGAGACUGUACCUUCCAGCAACACUGUGACCAAUCCUGCAGGUCCUGAAGGCCCUGGACAGGGUUACCCUCCUGUAUAUCCCACAAUUCCAGACCAAGAUCAGAUUCAUUAUCCUCCUCAACCACAGUGGAAUGGACAACCUGCUUCUCCUCCCAACCCUGGCUUUAAUCCUGAGUAUGUGCCUGUGAAUCCUGUCUAUCCACCUAAUUUUGGACCAGGAGCUCCUCCUGCUCAGCCCCCGCAGUACAAUGUUCCUCCCAACCAGUACAAUCCAUCUGCACCUGUGGGCUAUACUCCAAUGAUGAACAGCCCUCCUACUGGGCCAGAGUUCAAGAUGAAUGAACCGACUUCUGCUGUGCCACUACUAAUGUCUGAGUCUGCUACACCCACCGUUUCCAUGAAUAUCCUCAACUCCUCUGACACUUGUGUCCAGUUUAACAUAGACAAAGGAAAGUCUUCCAGCAAUAACUUCCUGUAGUCACUCCAGCUACCCAAGUUAUUACUAUUACCAACUACAUAUAAUACAGUAUAUUAGCUGAAUUUAAGACCAUAAGUGCACAAAAAGAAACAAAACUCUUAUUGGAAUAUUUUUUAGUCUUUAAAAAAAUGACUUAUUUUAAUCCUUUUGUUUUUGUUUAUUUAUUGUAUUGCUUAUAGCCUGAAGAAUUAAUGGGUCUUAGACAUGGCUCUUUUCUUUUUUUCAGGAUUUGAUCUAGUUUUAGAACAAUACUGUAAUAUGUUUGUUUUACAGACUUAUACAGACUUUUUCUCCUUUAGUAAAUCUAUCUACUUAAAGAAAAAAGAUUUUAUGUCCACUCUUUAGAGGUUUUAACAGUUAUAUAGUGUGGUCACAGAUCAAAGUACCUUUCAGAUCCUGUUGCCAAAUUGUUCCAUGCAAAAGAGCUUCAAGAGAAUUAAAAAUUGACUGAGAUAAGUGUCAUUCUAUUCUGUUCUUCUUAAUGUAAUUUACAAGGCUAUCCAGAUUUUAUGAAGAUACAUCAGACUGUUCACUCAUAAUCUUCCCAUCUGCAAUAAGCUUUUAAAAUCGUAUUUGCAGUCAUAUUUUUCGAAUGUACAAUGAUCACUUUACAUGGAGGAACCAGAUGCAUAAUUUUGGUAGGGGUGUUGGUGAUAUGUCCACAUAUUCUUGGCAGUAUAUUCUCCUUUUAGCAUUAUUUUUGGCUAAAAAAUACUUUAUUUUUUAACAUACCCUAGUCUUUCACAUACCCCGCAAAACUGCCAUGAACAGACCUCUAAUGUUUUGAGUAAUUUGUUAAAAUUGAAAUGCAGAAUCUGUUGUUCUUUAGCUGCUUAAACAGCAUCACGUAAACCACAAGAAUUAGCUGGAUUGGUACAAUUAUACAUUAAAGUUAAUUUUGUGAUUAUCUAUAAAUGUUUAUAUUUAAAUGAACAUUUAUAGAUAAUCACAAAAAAUGCAUGUUACAGUUUAUGCUUGCAAAUGAAUGUAGAUGUGUUAGCCUACUAAUUCAAGGAUUUUUAUCAACUACCAUGAACAGCCUGCCUGAAUAUACAUUUGCUAAGGACACUUCAGCGAUGUUAAGUGACCUUUGAUUGUAUAGUGCAUUAACAAAUGCUGCAAACAACAGGGCAUUUAUACUUGAAUCCUGACUAUGUAUGUGUGCACAUUUUCAGUUCUAUUUAAAUAUGUAGUGGCAGAUAGUGGGAACAUUUUGGCAACAUUGGCGUUUAACCCACAUAUUGAUGCCUCAUUUUACACUUUGGAUUCUUAUUAAAACAGAUGUGGAAACAAAUCGAUAAAAAUACAAAAAUUGUAGAAUAAAGUAAAAUAUUAAUCCCAUCCAUUGUAACACUGAAAAUAUCCUUUACUGCAUCAAAGACUUAUGCUUAUCUCUAUUAAGUCUAAUGCAUAUGUAUUUCUUUGCCUUUUGCUUAUUUCUUAUUACGCUUAUUUUGUCUAUGGCAUCAGUGGUCAGCUGGCAUUAUUACUUUUCUUGCUAUGUGUUAUAUGUAGUUGUGUUAAACUAUUGUUCAUUCUAUUUGUAACACUUGGACUGUAUGAAUGAAGUGGCAGUAAACAUGACUUGAUAUCUUAAUGCAAAUUCAUGUCAUUUAUGUGUAUUAUCCAGACAUAGCCAUAAACAUUUUAAAUGUUUAAAUAUAUUUUGUAACAACGUGAUCACAUGGGAAGUCGGCUUGUUGUUUCCGAGAGUUCCAGUACCCUAGGAUCAACCACAUAUUGCCGACUCACUGACAAGCGCCAUUUCGUAUCAGACAUUUUUGCAUCGGCACCAGUGUGUUUACCUUCCCUGAUGGUGAUGCUGUGGAAAGCAUGUUUGUGCAAAGUAGUAAGUGACAAAAAUAUGAUACAAUUUGCAAAAACAAAAAGCAUCCAGUGAGCAGCAGUUCUGUGAACAGAAAUGCCUUGUUCAUGGGAGAGGUCAACAGAGAAUGGCCAGGCUGGUUUGAACUAACAAAGUCUACUGUAACUCAGAUAACCACUCUGUACAAUUGUGGUGAGAAGACAGAAGACACCGAAACAGUUUUGGUGGCAUGAGGGGGACCUACACAAUUUUAGGCAGAUGGAUUUAAUGUUGUGGCUGAUAUAUAUAUAUAUAUAUAUAUAUAUAUAUAUAUAUAUAUAUAUAUAUAUAUAUAAACACAUAUUUAAUUUUGGCUUCUUUUUGUUUUUUUACUACACUAUUUAUAAGAGAUCUAUUGAGUAAUACUAAAGAGGUGUAGCACAACUCCAAAAAUGGAUGAGGUACAGGGGGUGAAAUGAGCUCCAGAGUCUCUAAAGACCUGAGGUAUGUGUUUAAGCAUUAAAAUAGACAAAACACAACAUUGAUUCUCUCUAUUAUGGAGUUUGUAUAGCCGAUCUACAGACCGAUAAAUUGGCCGUUAUUUGGUAUUCUUAAAAUAUCAGCAUCGGCUGAUACAUUUUCUAGUAUGGUGGAUAAAUUUAGCAAGACAUGUAAAUGACCAAUCACAGUUUGUUUUGCUUUAUGUGCCAGCAUGUUACCACAAUAACAGACAAAUUGAGUUCAUGUUUAAACUGCAUGCACGUUUAAUUUUCUCUGUCUCACCUCAUCAUUCCCCUGUAACUUGUGUGUCUUGUGUAAUGAUAAAACAUAA